AUGGCAGCCCCCUUGGAGCUCAAGUGCUGGGGCGGUGGUUGGGGGCUUCCGUCUGUCCACAGCGAGUCUUUGGUGGUUCUGGCUUAUGCCAAGUUUUCUGGCGCGCCCCUGAAAGUCAGUGUUAUAGAUAACACCUGGAGAGGUUCAAGAGGAGAUGUACCUAUUUUGACAUCAGAAGACAAUAUUGUAUCUCAACCGGCAAAAAUACUUAAUUUUUUGAGAAAACAGAAAUAUAAUGCUGAUUAUCAACUUUCUGCAAAACAAGGUGCAGAUACACUGGCUUACAUUGCACUCCUUGAAGAGAAGCUUCUUCCUGCAGUGCUUCACACAUUCUGGGUUGAGAAUGACAAUUACUUUAAUGUGACAAAGCCAUGGUUUGCUUCACGGAUUCCAUUUCCAUUGAGCUUGAUUCUGCCUGGAAGAAUGUCCAAAAGAGCAUUGAACAGGAUCCUUCUGACCAAGGGAGAGCCUCCUCUCUACCACCUUAAAGAAGUAGAAGCCCAGAUAUAUAGAGAUGCCAAGGAAUGCCUAAAUCUUCUGUCAAACAGAUUGGGAACAUCUCAGUUUUUCUUUGGAGAUAUGCCUACUACCUUGGAUGCCUAUGUCUUUGGUUUUCUUGCACCCCUUUACAAAGUACACUUCCCUAAGGUCCAGCUACAAGAGCAUUUGAAACAACUUACCAAUCUGUGCCGCUUCUGUGAUGAUAUCCUGAGUUGUUACUUUAGGCUCAGCUUUGCAGGGUUCUCUCCAGCGGGACAAGAUACAGUAGAUGCAAAUCUGCAGAAACUCACACAGCUUGUAAAUAAGGAAUCCAACUUGAUUGAAAAGAUGGAUGAUAAUCUUCGCCAAAGCCCUCAACUUCCUCCCCGAAAACUGCCGACUCUUAAAUUAACUACAGCAGAUGAAGAAAGCAAUUCCUUUCAGCCCCUUUCACCCUGACAGCCGUCAUACUCUGUGCAUGUACUUCAGCUGCCUUCAAAUCAUUUGAAUGCCACAGUAAUCUUAUAAACACAUGGUCAGGCAAAAGGAAAGCUAUUAUAAUAGGUACAAGUAGGACAUUAAGACUAAAAGUAGAUCCCCUCCAUGCUGCUUGUUCUAUUAAGAAGCUUGUAGUCCAGCCUGAUCAUGCACUAAAACAAGGUUGGGGUGAAUUUUAAAAAGAAAAUAUAUUGUACUGUAUGAAACUAUCUUAACUUUUUCAAAUUUUGGCCGUUGGUUCAUACAUUGUUGAUCAAAAGCUAUAAAUCUGUUGUUCUGAAUGUGCACUCUUAAUUUAUUCGUGUAUUAAUUUAAUCUCCUUCAAUCAGUGUAUGUAAUGCUGUAUAACUAAAUAGUCUGAGGCUUUUUUCUCUCUUAAGAAGCCUAUAGUCUCCCUCAGGAAUAGGAAAAGGGUAAAAGCUUUCAUUAUUAAUGGAAAAUCCUGUCUUUAAAAAGCAGUAAAAACGUGCGCUUUCACAAACCCAAUCUUUUUGGUUUGGGGACUUUAUAGAUCAAAUAUAAAUGAUGGUUUCACAUAGUAUUGCCUGGCUAAAUGCUCUUUAGGAUAAUUUUAUCACAUUCUGAUGUGUGCACAGUAGGCUAGCAAGGCUCCUGUUUAGCAGAGUAGUCAAUAUGCCAGCUAUAUACAACUGUACUUUAGGCUUAUCCCUAGAUUCAUUUGGGGGCUAAUUUGCAUUCAGAGAUUUGGGUGUAUUGGUAGUGAGAUACCAUACCAUCUCUUACUUUGGCAAGCUGUUAAUAAUCAUUCAGAAGGAGCCCAGGGGCUAGAAUAACAAGGGUACUGCAUGUCAAAUUCUGUACCUAUCCAGGCUUUACUCUAUCCAAACCAUUAUACAUAAGAAGGAUAUGGUAUAGUCAAAACCUUUACAACAACCAACUUGGCUGUUUCUUAGAUAGCAGUUGAAAAACCUCAAAGGCACAGAUUAGAAAUCAGAAGUAGAUUUUUAAGAAUCUGUUUUAGCAUUAUUGAUUACUAAAGUGCUUAAGAGAUUCUGCUGUGAGGGCAAUUUCACUUCCAAUCAGAAGCUUACUUAUUCUCAUGACUAAAGAGCUUCUUUUAUCUUAGGACUACAUCUAGGGUUUUAAAAAUAUAUAUAGCAACAUGUUUUUUGAUCAGUGUCUUAAAGAUUACUAAGGUGCUCAGCUCAUCUGGUCCACUUCUAAUUCAGAGACCCUUAUGUCCCAAAAUAGGUUUCUUAUCUAAGAGACCAUUUCCAUUUCAUGUUGAUUUGAGCUCAGCCAU